AUCUUAAUAUUUGUUCAUUGAGAGCUUUUUUAGGAGAAUUAAUUCAAUUUAAUCUCUUGGGCUCUGGUUGCAUCAUUGGUUUUCUUUUCUCAGCAGGGAUAUAUGCUAAAAGAUAUAUAACUGAAAUAGUAGUAGUCAGUAUCUUCCUUAAGUAGCUUAGAAAAUGAUGGUUACAUCAUAUAAACUUUUUUCCUCCAGAUAAUGGACUUACCUAUACUGUUAAUCUCAUUUAACUACAAUCAGCAAAAUAUGAUAUUUUAUUGAGGUACCACUAUCAGGAAUAGUAUUUCAUAUGUUGGAAUGCCACAGAGAAUCCAAAACAUGUAGAGUGAAUUUGACACAUAUUUUUAAAGGAAUAUUUGGGAAAAUGCUAGAAAAUGUGACUUAGAUGUGACUGAAUCCAGAAAACCUAAGAAUGAGGCAGCUGGUCAGAAAAUACAAGUACAUCAGUUGGAGAGGAAACAUAUUCAGAAGUCAUGUGAAAGAGAGGAGAGAGAAGACAGAAAGAAUGGUCUUUAAAAGUGCCAGCCAAAGGAGAGCAAAGCUAUACCCCUUAUCUCCCCACCUACCCCUUGUUACUCCCCUCACUUUUUACCUCUGGAAAGAGAGACAACAGCUGAGUCAGGCUCAGCACUCAGAUGCCACUCUUGCUCCUCUUUGCCAUGUUUUGUCUUCUCCUCUGUGGAUGGAGGGAUGGAUGAAAAAAAAAAUCUUAAAAAGAAUAAAGAUGAGAAUUGGAAAGUAAUCAAAUUAUUUCAUUGUCAAAUUGAGUCUUCAAGUUACUGCUUACUUGGUUUUACAUCAUAAAUGGCCACUUGAUCAUUCUGGCAUUUUAUGGUAGAGAAUACAUUGAGUUUGGCUCAUGGAAAGAAUAUGAGAAUCCUGGCUUCAUUCAACGUAAACAGAGCUGAGAGAGCUACCAAACAAGUAACUACCCUGCUCACACUCUGGGUGCAAUAACUAAACGGAAAAGCAAGAUUAAUUAAGCUCACCUUAUUCUACCACAACUACAUGGGUUUGGCUGAUACUUGGGUGAACCUGAGUCCAGGACAGUUGAAGAAUAAAGCAUAGUUGCAUCAGUAAUGAUGACUCACUCAACUGGGAGCAUCUCUCUGGAUUUUGUACGGCUUUAGCAGCAUACUCCAAUUUUUGAUAUGGCAGAUCCUUUUUCCACCUCAGAAGGAAUCACUGUGGCCAUGAUGGUGGAAAGUCCUUACUGUUGUAUCCUGGAUUCUGUGUUUCAUCUCUGGAGUAAAGGAUGGAGUUAAUUUCUUUGGAAAGCCUGGGUCCCCAAAAGAAGUUUGAGCUUCUGGAAAUGAAAAGGGAAGAGUAAAUAUGAAGGGAGAGACCAUCAUGCAGACAUCAGAGACUGGGUCGGACACAGGUUCGACAGUGACUUUACAGACAUCUGUGGCUAGUCAAGCAGCAGUGCCUACACAGGUGGUACAGCAAGUACCAGUACAGCAACAGGUACAGCAGGUACAGACUGUGCAACAGGUACAGCAUGUCUACCCAGCUCAGGUGCAGUAUGUGGAAGGAAGCGAUACUGUCUAUACCAAUGGAGCAAUCCGAACAACAACUUAUCCUUACACAGAAACGCAGAUGUACAGCCAAAACACUGGAGGGAAUUACUUUGAUACGCAAGGGAGUUCUGCACAGGUGACUACCGUGGUCUCAUCCCACAGUAUGGUGGGCACUGGUGGGAUUCAGAUGGGCGUCACGGGAGGACAACUCAUCAGCAGCUCCGGGGGAACCUAUCUGAUCGGCAAUUCAAUGGAGAAUUCUGGUCACUCCGUGACGCAUACCACUCGGGCCUCCCCAGCGACAAUUGAAAUGGCGAUUGAGACGCUGCAAAAGUCUGACGGUCUGUCCACUCACAGAAGCUCUCUUCUCAACAGCCAUCUCCAGUGGCUGUUGGACAAUUACGAGACAGCAGAAGGAGUGAGCCUUCCCAGAAGCACUCUAUACAACCACUACCUGCGACACUGUCAGGAACACAAACUGGACCCAGUCAAUGCUGCUUCUUUUGGAAAAUUAAUAAGGUCCAUUUUUAUGGGACUACGAACCAGGAGAUUGGGAACUAGAGGAAACUCCAAGUACCAUUACUAUGGGAUUCGUGUCAAGCCAGAUUCCCCUCUCAAUCGUCUGCAAGAAGAUAUGCAGUAUAUGGCUAUGAGGCAACAACCCAUGCAACAGAAACAAAGGUACAAGCCUAUGCAGAAAGUGGAUGGGGUUGCAGAUGGUUUCACAGGAAGUGGUCAACAGACAGGCACAUCUGUUGAGCAAACUGUAAUUGCCCAAAGUCAACAUCAUCAACAGUUUUUAGAUGCAUCUCGAGCACUCCCAGAGUUUGGAGAAGUUGAAAUCUCUUCUCUGCCAGAUGGUACUACCUUUGAGGAUAUCAAGUCACUGCAGAGUCUUUAUCGAGAGCACUGUGAGGCAAUAUUGGACGUUGUUGUGAAUCUUCAGUUUAGCCUGAUAGAAAAAUUGUGGCAAACAUUCUGGCGCUAUUCUCCCUCUACUCCAACUGAUGGCACUACCAUUACUGAACCAAGCAAUCUGAGUGAAAUAGAAAGUCGACUUCCGAAAGCAAAGCUGAUAACUCUGUGCAAACAUGAGUCUAUCCUGAAAUGGAUGUGUAACUGUGACCAUGGGAUGUACCAGGCUUUGGUGGAGAUUCUCAUCCCCGACGUCCUUAGACCUAUUCCUAGUGCCUUGACCCAAGCCAUUCGAAAUUUUGCAAAAAGCCUUGAAGGUUGGCUUUCCAAUGCCAUGAACAAUAUUCCACAGAGAAUGAUACAAACCAAGGUUGCCGCUGUAAGUGCCUUUGCCCAGACUCUGCGAAGAUACACGUCGCUCAAUCACCUGGCCCAGGCAGCUCGUGCAGUGCUUCAGAACACGUCUCAGAUUAACCAGAUGCUCAAUGACCUCAACCGUGUCGACUUUGCCAAUGUCCAGGAGCAGGCUUCCUGGGUGUGCCAGUGUGAUGACAACAUGGUUCAAAGACUAGAAACAGACUUCAAGAUGACACUCCAGCAGCAGAGCACCCUGGAGCAGUGGGCCGCAUGGCUGGACAACGUGAUGAUGCAAGCCCUGAAACCCUACGAAGGGAGGCCCAGUUUUCCAAAAGCCGCCAGGCAGUUUCUGCUAAAGUGGUCUUUCUACAGCUCAAUGGUUAUUCGAGACUUAACCUUACGCAGUGCUGCUAGCUUUGGCUCCUUCCACCUGAUCCGUCUACUCUACGACGAGUAUAUGUUCUACUUAGUAGAACAUCGUGUUGCUCAGGCAACAGGAGAAACACCCAUAGCAGUCAUGGGCGAGUUUGGCGAUUUAAAUGCUGUGUCUCCUGGAAAUCUGGAUAAAGAUGAAGGCAGUGAGGUGGAAAGUGAAAUGGAUGAAGAACUAGAUGACUCUUCAGAACCUCAAGCCAAGCGAGAGAAAACGGAGCUGACCCCGGCGUUCCCGGUGGGUUGUCUGCAGCCUGUUCUCGAGAGCAGCGUGCAGCCCAGCCUCCUGAAUCCCAUCCACAGCGAGCACAUCGUCACAAGUACUCAGACUAUCAGACAGUGCAGCGCGACAGGCAACACUUACACUGCGGUCUAAAGAAUAUUAAAGCGUAUUUUUCCAGCUAACAUUAACCCUGUUGAUAUUGGGCUUAAGUUGAGAAAUUAAUAAGCCUGAAGGUCGACUGUUGUCAAAUUCUAUCUGUGCUGAACAUUACCUUUUUGGAGUUGUGAAAUGGAAUGGGUGUAUGUAUUUUGCCAGGUCUUUUUUUUUUUUAAACGUAAACAAAUUAUUUGCCUCUUAAUAAUAAGAGGGUUUUUUCUUUAGUUUUGGGUGUCAAGAAGGAUUUUUACAACACUUAAUAUUUUUUUCUUAUAAUUAAAAGUAAUUUACAUUUUUGUAGCUGAAAAUAUUUUAUUGUUGAUUGUUAGUCUUGGUGUAUGAUUUCAUGUGUGAGUUUUUAAUUAGAUGCACUUCUGUGAAAUAUCAAAAGAAAUGCAUUUUUUAUUUACACUGGAGGCAUGCCCAUUUGGCAGCAGAUGCAUCAAAUUUGCUUUUGAAAGGUGCUUUUCAUUGGGCCGAACCACAAGACACUAUUUUGAUAGCAUUUUGGAGUAUGGAGAAAGAAUACAGAGCAUUUUUAUGAUAGUGCUAGAGGGUUGGGAAGGUCAUCUAUAUUUCUCUGAAGAAAAAUUGAGCUGUGCAUUUAUCAGUUCAGAGUAAAUGACAGAAUUGCCAGAGAUUAUGCUAAUAUGUACAUAAUUUGUGUACAUAAUGAUUAAAUCAUGUUAAUGCAAGCUUCCGUUAAACAUUGAAUUUUAACUGUUAUUUGCAUACCAAUUCCUCUGUUUAAUGACUACUGAUUCUGUAUUUGGGACCACUGCACAGAUGCGUUCUGCUGUUGAGUGGGGCUGUUAUAGUUAGAGACUGAAGCUGAAAAUGACUUGACUUUUUUUUUUAAGUGUACAUGCUACUUAUGCUGAGCUGGACAUACAGGAAACCAUUCCAUUUGGAUGACUUUCUUUUAUUCCAGGUCUUUUUCCUAAUAGUAGUUCAAUAUGCUGCUAUUAUAAGAGAAAAUUUAUAGAAUGCAAGGAAUGUAGCAACCUGCAUAUCGUUCUUUCGUUCAAAAAUAUUUCCUGGUUUCUAAAGUAUGUGGAUUUAAAUUUUAAACAGAACCUGAAGGCAGUGUAACUGGCACGCCAUACUGUUGCUUAUCUCCGAUUCUGUAGGAUUUGGAUAGGUGGCUUGAUGGACCAGUGCCGCUGAAGAAUGUACAUCAGGGAUCAUCGUACCUCGGCUAUAACAUGGUGCCUUAAAACAGAACUGAAGCUAAGGUUUAGUAAGGCUUAUUUUGUUCCUGUAAAUUCCUCUUCAGUCCAUUUGACAAGCUGUGCCUGUCAUUGUCAGAUUCCCGAAGUAAGGACAGGUUACAUGUUCUUCAAAGGAAAUUUAGGGCAAACAAAGCAAAACAAAAAGACGAAAAAAUCAGUUUCCCUCUUUGAGUGACCACGAACCUAUUUUUUGUUCUUAGAGCUGAAUAAUACUUGAUUAUAAGUUAGAUUGCUUAAGGGUAUGGAGUAGCAGGCUAGUUUUAAUCACCAACUUGUUACAUAAAACAUAUAUAUGUUAGACCAUUCUUAUCUAGUUAUAAUUUAAGAAAGUUAAAAUAAGUAGGUACUUAUCGAAGUGCAUCUUUUCAGUCUCCGUGUUUGUCUGUGUGUCUUGGUGUCUGUGUCCACAUGCACACACGAGUGCCCAUGGGCGGAGUCAGCUACCACAGCAGAAGAUGAGAUCCAGGAGUGGAUACACCAUCCCCAUGUUAAUUUACAUGAAGAGCCAACGUCCUUUUAAGCACUCAAAUUAUUAACAACAACAACAAAAAAGGCACAUCUAUUCAUUUAAUUCAUUCUUAAAAAGCUAAUAAGCAAAAAUAAGUACAUAAAGCCAAAAAAAAGGGAAAGCACAAAAUUAUUUACAGAUUAUUAAUGAGACCUAUAUGAAAUUCAAGAUGUUUAUCUUUCCAGUUUUAUUGGGGUGAGGGUGGGGGGUGGAAAGAAGAGGGUGAGCCAAUCUGUAAAGUUAAAACUACCAAAUGGCUUAUUGGGUAAUACGCAGUCUAUUUCAACUGUUGUUGCUCAAUUGCCUUAGACUACUCAGAUAACUGAGGUCAACAGGUUUCUUCAGUAAACAUUAAAUGCAUUAGAUGUAAUUUUUUUAAUUGAUUCAAAUUUUGUAUUAUACAGCUCAUACUAAUAUAUUCAAAAGUCUUUUGCUGGCUUAUCGCCUUUAUCUAAAUAUCAUUUAAAUUAUCACCUCCCUUUUUCUCCCAAAAGGCAAUGAAUUUGUACCAUCACACACACACACACACACACACACACACACACACACACACACACACACACACACACACACAAAGGCAAACCAGCAAGCAAGACCCCUUAAGCUGCAAAGACCAUGUAUCUACUUCAUUGUGCAUUAGGAAACAUGGACAGGUACAUUUAAAUCAAAAAAACUGAAAAGGAAAAAACCCCCACACUCUUUGUUUUGACCCUCCUUUCUUGAUUUUUCACUUUCCUAACCCUUUCCACCACACCCAGAAGUAUGCUAUAUUUGUAUUGGACCAAAUGUAUUUACCGGUAUCAUCUUGCUUAUUGAACAAUUUUAAAUAUAUUUAUUAUAAUUGUUUCCUUUAAUUUAGUGUUGGAUAUAUUUGUUUUGUUAGAGGAAUCUGAUAAUAAUGGGCAUACAGUGGGGCCUUGACUUACGAGUUUAAUUCGUUCCGUGACGGAGCUCGUAACUCAAAUUACUCGUAUGUCAAAUCAAUUUUCACCA